CACUCCCUCCAUGCAGAGCUGGGCAGUUAGUACAGUGCCGGAGUCCCAGGUGGCCGAGAAAGAGAAACUCCUGAAGUUGCGUUAUAGCUGAGUGAACAUACGGAGUUGUAACACCCUUUGGAUUAAAAAAUACAUUGCGUUUAUAGUUUGACAGCUGCUGAAGGGGUGACGCAGAAUCAGGAUGGACGAAGCAGAGAAGUACCAGCAGAGAGUGCAGGCCAUCGCUGAGAAGAGGAGGCAGCAGGAGGAAGAGGAGAGAUUACGACGCGAGGUGGAGGAAGAAUGGCUGAAGCUGGCCCAGCGCAAGAGGAAGUCCCUGAGGGACCAGUGGCUAAUGGACGUGGCUAAUGCUGCGGCUACAGAUGGCCCUGAGCCCCCAGCUCCCCUGUGGCCCCCAGCACAGAGAGCAGAGGGGCAGGACAACGAGAGUGCUGAAGAAGGAGAGCAGAAUGCUAUGGAAGAGGAGGAAGAGGAGGAUGAGGAUGAGAGGACAGUCCAAGAUGGCAGACAGACAAACUCUACAGAAAACAAUGUUAGCACAGAAGAUAACACAGAUGAGAAUGAGAGUCAAGGUGAAGUUGAAGAGACAGCGGUUCCCUCCAGUACCUUCCUCCCCAUGCAGAAUGGAGGGGAGGACAGAUCAGUGCUGGGGAGGCUGGAGGUGCGGGUAGAGAGGGACCUGAGAACGGGGGCCACCGUGGUCAAGUCCGUGGCCCCUCUGCCUCCCGGGGACCCCCCAGGUGUGACGCCGAUGGAGACGGUGGUGUUUGACGAUGGCCGCAAGUGCGUCCGAGCCGUGAGUGGGGGCCCGAGCGGAGCCCAGAGCGAGGCCAGCGCCGAGGAUCUGGACCGGGUGCUGAACACGCUGGACGAGGUCGGAGUGCCGGUCCUGCUGGAGGCCCGUGGACUGGUCGCGCCGUCUGUCGAGGGUCUUGGGGGACGAGAGGAAGCCGAGGUGGAGGAGGAAGAGUUGGAGGAGGAGGAGGAGGAGGAGGAGGACACUGAGGAGGAGACACUGGACCCAAAGGAGGACUCCGUGAACAUGAGAGAGGAGAGUGUAGGAGACGCAGACGGCGUAUGGGAAAAGGGAGAAAGUGCAGAUGAAAAAGUCAUUGACACAGAGGAGGAGGAAGAGGAGGAAGAGGAAGAGGAGGCAUUUAGGCCUGAGGAGGGCUUAGAUCCUAUCACUCUUACUUUUCUGGGCUUCAGUCAGGCAGCAAGUGAGCCUGGUCAGGGGAACGAGGAUGACGGCUCGCUCGUCAGAGUCGAGCGGGUCCUCAUACAUGAAUAUAGCGAUGAGGAUGAGGAGGACGAAGAGGGAUGGGAGGGCGAGGAGCAUCACCAGUACCACCAGCUGGCUUCUCCUGACAUGGACAACAGCCACGCUUCCACCAGCGCAGUCGUGGGGACUGAGGGGGCCGAGACGGAGGGAGAGCUGGGCCGCGGGGAGGGCGCGGUGGAGAAGGAGUCGCUGGACGACGUGUUCCAGGACGUCACGCUGGACGACGCCCAGACGAGCGCAGCCCAAGAGCCAGAGUCACAGCCACCCGCGCUGACCUCCAGUGGAGAGCCCAGCAGAGCAGAGGGAGUGGGCAGCCCCAAACACAAGACCUGCCAGUGCUGCUCCGUCAUGUAA